AGAGGGUCAACUCAUACAAUUGGGGAUUGACUGUGGCAUGUCAAUGAGCAAGAGCCCUGCGCCGCAGUUCUCUAAUCGGAAGCUCUCCAGAUUUAGUUGCUGUUGCUGUUCAACCUUGACGCAAAUUGCUAAAAAUUGUAUCUUAGCCUCCCAAUUCUCUUGAAUGCCAUUGUUCCAGAGUUCCAACCAGUACCUGUUCAAAACGUGUGCAACGGUGGAACUACUCGUGGAAGCAGGCAAAAUUCAGCGAUCAGAGGCCAGGAGCUGAUACUUGUCAAUCUUCAGCCAUAUAAUAAACUAUGAAGUGAUCAGCAAGGUCUUUGUUAUCAUCAAAAUCUACCAUAACGACAUCUUGUCAAUGUAUCUUAUGUAGAUAAAGGCAUCUUUGGAUACGCAUCUUUAGAUUGAUUUACCUUGUAUUUUUGUUGAAAAGAAACUGAAUGACAGAUCCUAGCAAUAAACAAGAAGAAUGCUUCUUUGACAAUCAUUCACCUCAAUAUGUUUGUGGCUGCAACAUGGGAAGGAAUUUCUGAUUGGCUCGGGUAGUGGAGGUUAUAAGUUGAUGGGUCCGUGCAAUACUUUUUCCUUCCACAAGUUCUGUCAGCGACAACCAAAAACUCCUUGAAAUACAGGUUCAGGGAGAAUAUCAGACUACCGGUAUUGUAUCAAAUCUGACGAGACAAUGGAUCUGUUUGUUUAUGAUCCAGAUAGGUCCAUAUGGGACGGACCUUCAGAUGAUUCUCCAUCUGCUGUCAACAAACACCGACCACUAGAUGCCGCAAUUGACCGACUUUUCCGAAAGAACAAGAAACUCGAAGAACACAAUAGUGCACUUUCGAGAGAAAACGCAAGUCUUAAAAAACUUCUCGCUACCCACAACAUUGCCUGGCCCGCCAACAAAAAUUUGAGCACGAUCGCUGCAUCUGAUUCUUCAACUACAAGGUCGAACCCCGAGCUACCACUCGAAGUGAAGCUUCGCAUUAUACGCUUUGCUUUGCAGCUAGCACCUCCAAUAAUUGACCCUGGUGUCAAAAUAUUGAAGUCCAAUGUCACUGAGAUGGAGCAUGCUGAGCAAAAAAAGCUUCCUGUGCAAUUUUUGCGACUAUCUAAAUUCUUUUACAACGAUGGAAAGAGAACCUUCUUUGUGGACAACAGAUUCAUCUUCACUCAAGUCUCAUCUUUGAAGUGGUUCGUCAGCACACACCCCAGAUCUUGUGCCCAAUUGAAACAUUUAGAGUUACGGAUUGUUGGAAAAUACUACGACGACCAAGGUUCUAACAAAAUUGUCACACUGGGCUUUGAUCAGCGAGUUGAACGUUGGUACGCGGUGAAACCUAUAAAGCUUUGGACAGGUCUACAAAGCUAUUGCUGGAGACAAAUACUUGAUUUUCUCAACGCACUACAGCUUCCCUGGCACGGCAGGCAACAAACUAGGUCAAAGGAGCAUAUAAUAGCCUUCAAGAAUUUAAGUUCUAUGAUGAUUGACCUUGUGAACUUCACAGACAAUCUUCCUGGCCCGGGAAUCGACCUGAGGAAGAUGACGAGAGAGACAUUGGGUCCGAUCAUUGAUAAUUUGUAUAUUAGGGGUCAGCCGUUGGAGCGAAAUGGGUCAUUAGCCUAUGAAUGCUUGGGUUAUCUUAUGAGAAAUGGUGGAAUAAGAGGUUGCAGCAUCUUACCUCACUUCAUAAGCACCGUUUCAAGUGAAUACUUGAAGAUAUUUAUACAAGAUGAGUCCUUCUUACCAGAACUCAAGUAUUAUGCCAAUACAUUACCAGAAUCUAGAGAAGAAGGCGCCAUUGAAAAAUAUGUCUGGAAGAAACUUCCCGCCACGUUUGGCGAAUUAGAAGGAUCGGAAGUACGAUUCCAUAUUUCUAGUGGACUACCUGUUGAGAAUGUUGAAGGAGACUACAGAAUCUUGCUUUCCCGUCGAACGGAGUUGAAUCUUGAUGAAUAUGAGGGUAUCUUUGGACAUCAUGAUGUUGACCUCGACGACGAUGAGCUAACGAAUAUUUAUGGACCGACUCGAGACGGUUGGGGGCCCGAUAUCUUCACACCUUGGGAUGUUGAUGAGCAUGGUGGUCCAGAUACUCGGAUAUGUGCCAACUGUAGCGGUAUGUAUGGCUAUUUUAAUUCAGAACCGAAUGUCCGUAUCUCGCUGGAGCGAGAUGGACAUCUUGGGGCUGAAAAUGGAUUUGCUAGGGAGAUAGCUGAAUGA